UCCACGACAGCAGACAUAACAUUGGAUUGGCGAACCGUAAAUUUCAUAACAAAUGAUGUAAGGCAGCAAGUCCGUAACUAACCUCCGUCCCACCCCACAUUUCGGGUGGACCCGUAACCCGUUCAAUUGAAGUGGCUCAACGACUUGGGAUUGGUCAAUCCAUUAUUGUUCAGUUCAAGAUGCCCAAGCGAGCUUUGUCCACGCUGAAGACCGCCGGGGGUUCCGGAUCCAAAAAGGUCAAACAGGGCGUCUCAACGACGGCCCAGGCGGACCGGACCGCCCCUCCGCCUCAACGCAAUGCCCGUGGUCAACUCGAAUUCGAGGGUUUUCCGAUGUUUCGCCCCAAUCGCACGCCCGCCCAAGUCUUGCAAGCGGGCAGCUUCGGGGGCACUUAUUUCCGUCCCAUAUACUCGUCCGUCACCGGGGAAAAAUAUGGAGCGUCCGUGUGGCAGGAAUUGCCCGACCACUGGUUGACCGGACUCAAUGUCAAAACCCAGGUGGCUUCGAGUAUAUACGAUGCUCAGGUCAACAAGUACAAAGCUAAAUGCGGAGGAUCCUUGGAAAUGUGGGAGAGCUCAGGUUGGAUCAAAGCGCAGGAUCCCUACGGAUGGUUCCAGUGGUAUUGCCGAUUCUAUCAAGGACGGCGGACCGAGGACGACGAACGACAAAUCUCCCGAUGGAGCAAUUGCGCGGGGGAAAAGGGCCGAUGGAAGAAUAACCUUAUCACUAAAGUGGUCAAGGCUGGUGCCAAGUUCGAUAACCCCGUUAUAAGCCCAGUGGUUCGGCAGACCUUGUUACAUUGGGCUUACGAGCUCACAGAGGAGGACUUCAUCCGAAGGAAGAAACAACUUAAAUAGGUGCGAAUGGUUUACUGGACUGAAUGCAUUUGAACGGGAUUGAAGAAGAGUUACGCGGAUGAUACUGAUCUGUCAUGGUCGGGGAUCUCCUGGAUUUGGGUGCUCUACCACAAAGAGGUUGGCCGCCGUUAUCUGGAAAGUACCGAAAUCUUUUUUAAUGUGUUGAAACAAAUGCAGUUUCCCGUUUGCACGAUCAUCAUUGCCCGACAUAUCACUUCACUCAGAUCGUGUUACGUACUUAUACCGUAUUCUACAAGGACGGUACGAUCAAUCCAAAUGACUCGUGCACCCACCUUGAAAAAUAAACGUCGAACAUGACAUCUCGUUA